GGAUGCAUAAUCCAAGCCUGCAUCGCGAUCACGUCUUGAUUAUCGUGCUGCCUUGAUUUCUCGGGAAAGCACUCGGACAACAUAUCCUGCUUGAGACGCGAGGCGAAGUUGCUUUCCAGCGGCGAACUUGCACUCGGAGAUCCCGACCUCCACGUCGACAGGCGGCAUUUCAUCUCCACCUGUUCCCCACCGCAGGCCCGCUGACUCACGAUGUCGUCACCCUCGUCAACGCCGCGGCUGCUCACGCCGGACACCACGGGCUCGACGUCCUCCGACCCGUCGACCCUGGGCGUGACCACGCCGGACAAAGCCCUCAAGAAGUCGCGUCGGCAGACGGCGUUCUACCCGAACAUGAAGUCCUCGUCCGGCACCAAGCAGCUCAAGCCCUUCAGCCGGUCCGCGGCCAAGCGCGAGUCUGUCAUGGCCCUCGGGAGCAUCGAGCACCUCCAGCACUACUUCACCAAGACCGGGCUGAGCGCACCGACCAAUCCGCUCGAGAAGAAGAACCUGGGUCUCGUUCCCGCCCUCGGCGGCAUCGUCUCGGGAAUCAACACGGGCCUCGCGCUCCCCACAUCGCAUAGCGGCCUCGCGCUUCCACCGACGCCCGUCGUGCCCACGAUCGUCCCCCCGCCUUUCGAGCAUCACGUGCGAAGCGUCGAGACCGAUCCUGAGACGCUCAAGCCAGGCGUGAUCGACGACCUCGCCUCCAUCGCGCACACCUGGGGCCUCUCGUCUACCGCUCCCACCACCUCCUCGUCCGCUCCCGGCAGCCCCGCGCACUUUGACGUGCUCGCCGCGCUCAAGCUCACCACGCAGGGCAUCCGCGCCGUACGCAACUACGUCCUGGCGCUCCCGAGCGACACCGUCGUCGCCCUCCGCGACGAGUUCCGCAGCCGCGUCACCGCCUCCGCCCCCGCGCUCAAGCGGCAGACGUCGCGUGACACGGCGGAGCGCGACCCGCUCGCGCUCGUGCGCCGCGCCGCGCUCGACCUCCUCGCCGUCCUGCGCGAACUCGAGGAGAAGGCGCGCCUCCCGCUUUCGGACGACGCGUACGACGCCUCGUCAGACCACGAGCCCUCCAGCUCCUCCCAAGGCGGCCACUCGCGCGUCGCGUCUCCGGCCUCGCACUCCAUCGAGAUCGAACCGCCCGAAUUCACCGGAUCCGAGUACGACCCCGAGCUCUCGUUCUCGCUCGUGAAGGUCAAGGGACGCCACGAGCACGUGCCGGUUUGGGAGGAGGAGACGUACGAAAUCAACUCGACGCUCUCGCCGGAGGAGCGCGAGAAGCGCGAGGGCUGGGAGGAACGCCUCGUGCUCGGCGGCGGAUGGCUGUACAAGCAAGAUGUCGCGCUGGAGCAACUCGGGCGGGAGAAGGAUGCCGUGCGGAAGUACCUCGACGACGUGGACGACGUGCUCUUUGGAGGAAGCAGGGACGGUUCGAGAGGAUGGGAACGUGAGCGGAAGAAGAUCGAGAAGGAGAGGGAGGCGAGGAGGGCCAGUCGGCGAGCGAGCGCGGGCGAUGGCGACGGAUUCGGGUUUCCGAAGCAAAAGAGGCAAGCGAGCGUUGGAAGGAGGGUCGUCAGCACCGGGAUGCUGGACGCGAUGCGGGAAAUGACCGUAUCUGAGGAGCCGGAAGAGAUCGACCAGGGGAGCGACGGCCUCCACUCCUUGGUGGAGGAAGAGGAAAUAGUAGAAGACGAGGAUCUGCCGGACUGGGCAAAGAGAAGCACGUUCGGCGACGAUCCCAUGAGUCGUCUUCAGGCAGUCCUCCGCGCCCUAACGCCUGUACCGUUGCAAGCCGCUCUUCCACCAACGGACUCGGAUCGUCUUACCAUCCUCACCUCGCUUGCGUCCGGCCAGUUGUUAUGUGAAGCUUACAACGUCGGCGUGCGGAGGUCACGGAAGCCCUGGGGAUUCAUCUCCAAGCACGGGAUACACGAUCUCCUCACGCUGGAGCAAGAAAAGGGCGGCGGCGAGGAAGAGAAAGAGAAGCGCAAGAAAGGAUGGACAUUCCGGCGGGUCGACAACCUACGGUUGUGGGCAGCGGCCCUCAAGCUACGGUAUAUGCUCCCCAUAGUCACUCCUCCCACCGCUUCGGGCACGGUACAGCCAUCUUCGAAUCUUCCUACGCCAGUUACGUCGCCAUCGCCAGCUGCGACUCGUUUCCCAGCGCACGCCCAAGAGGCGCCGAUACAUUUCGAUGCCUUGUUGGUGGCGAAGAAGGAUACCGGUUGGGACGCGAUGCUCGAGACCGCUGUGAUGCGUUGGAUGGCCGCUGUGGUGGACGAGAAACGCGGCGAGCGGUGACAGCUUUACCCCGUUCUACGACAUACCUUAUAGAUUUAGUAUUGUGUAUACCAGACAUGCACGUAUUGUCAACCCUCCAACGGAUAAUCUCAGCAAUGGAUCUUUCUGCA